GCUUGUCAUCCCUGGAGGACCAGGGAGCGGGAGCGCGCACACGCCACAAAGCUGGGGUCCCGGAUUCCCCGCAGAGUGUCUCCACGAACUUAAAUCCCAUGCUUCAGAAAUCAUAAGCAGCUCGAGCCGUUUGUUGUCUUUGGCUUCACCGUCCCUAGACGAUCUAUCCCAUCAGGCAACAGUCUUCAAGAUGGAUUCGUCGACACCUCCGCGCUCCAAGCGCACAAGCCCAUACAACAAGCUCGUCACCGUGACCGUCGCUUUUGGCUCGCUAACGUAUGGCUAUUGUUCUUCCGUGAUUGGCAGCACCAUUGGCCAGCCCGGCUGGUAUGAGUUCUUCAACCUGCCAAUGCAGGGUGAGCCCGGCUAUGCAACCAUCACCACCGAAGCCAUUGCCACUGCCAACGGGCUGUACAGCGCUGGUGGAGCGGUUGGCAGCUUGUUCAUCAUGUGGGCUGCCACAGCUCUGGGCAGAAAAGUUUCGAUCCAGAUAGGGGCAGCUCUGGCCCUCAUCGGCGGCGCACUACAGGGCGGUGCAGCCAACCUGCCCAUGUUCCAGGUCGGUCGGGUCAUCUCUGGCCUUGGUAUCGGCAUCCUCGUCACAGUCUGCCCCAUGUACAUGAGCGAGUUAGCCCCGCCGAAUAAACGUGGCUGGCUUGUCGGCCAUCAUGCCAUCUUUUUGGUCUUCGGGUACAUGCUGUCAGGCUGGCUCGGGUAUGCCUGUUACUUCGCCACCGCAAGUUCCCCAGCCUUUGCCUGGCGCUUCCCGCUGUGCAUGCAGUGCCUCGCUCCGCUCGUGCUUCUCGUCACUUCCAUCUGGAUCCCUCGGUCGCCGAGGUGGUUGCUGCAAAAGGGCCGGAUUGAGGAAGCUUGGGAGGUGAUUCAGAACCUGCGACGGUCUCCAGACGACCCGCGCGAUCUCGUAGCGCUCGAGGAGAUCUAUCAGGUGCGUCAGCAGAUCGCACUGGAUGCGGCCAAGCUCAAGGCAAUUGGUUGUGGGCCGUGGACUGCCGUCAUCAAGAAGAAGAGCUACCGCAAGAGGAUGAUCAUCGGCUUUCUGACACAGUGGGGAGCCGAGUUUGCUGGACCGCUCGUCAUUAACAAUUACUCGGUGAUCCUGUACACCAAUUUGGGCCAGACCGGCUCGAUGCCGCUGCUGCUAUCCGCUUUGUGGCUCACGACGGCAGGAGUUAUAUACAAUCCGUUAGGUGCCUGGCUCCAUGACAAGGUCAACUCACGGCGCGGCAUGUUCCUCGUUGGUCUUUUCGGAUGUCUGAUCACCACGAGCGGGCUGGCGGGUUGCGUGGCCCAGUAUGCCGGCACGGACAACAAGGCCGGCAACGCUGCUGGCGUCUUCUUUGUCUUCCUCUACCUGGCCUUUCAAGGCACCGGAUGCGACACGACCAUGUACAUCUACGUCUCCGAAAUCUUCCCCACCGAGAUCCGACCAAUCGGCAUGGGCUUCUCGCUCUUUGGCCAGUUCGCCUCUACCAUUAUCCUCUUACAGACGGCACCGGUCGGGAUCGUCAACGUAGGCUGGAAGUACUACCUCGUCAUCAUCGUAUGGUGCAUAUUCUUCAUCCCCAUCGUCUACUUCUUCUUCCCCGAGACGGCGAAGUUGUCCCUCGAAGAAAUCUCUGCUCGCUUCGGAGAUGACGUUGCGGUUCAUGUGACCGAUAUCUCCGAGGCACAGCGGAGGGACCUGGAUGACUUCUUGAAGAGCGCGGACGUGGUCCACAUCGACGAUGCUGCCGCGGCGAAGACUGGAAGCGUGGAGCAGAAAGAGGCAGACUCGUCCGGGUUUGGUAACAGCAGCAGGGUCUAGGAGAUUAUUGCUCAAGCGGGUAUGCUUCAUUGGCAGAUAUCGAGGUGAGGCGAGGGCUAUGGACCAUCGGUAUUUCAGGCACAGGCAGAGAUGUACUCCAUGUAUGAUUGCUGUAUUCCCCCAAAUCGCAAGGUCCUGAUCACCGCAAGUGAGCGAACGUUCUAAAUUCGCAUAAUGCGCCUAUGACGUUAGAGAUUAACCAUCUCCCAUGUGGACCGCCACAAGCUAGAAGAGCGUGAACGUGCCGAGGUACGAAUGGUAUUACGGGCUGACCAUGAGCAAUC